UCCGCGCGCAGGGAGGGAGCAUGGCGGAGCCCACCGUGUGCUCCUUCCUCACCAAGGUGCUGUGCGCCCACGGCGGCCGCAUGUUCCUGCAGGACCUGCGCGCCCACGUGGAGCUGUCGGAGGCGCGGCUGCGGGACGUGCUGCGCCAGGCCGGGCCCGACCGCUUCCUGCUGCACGAGGUGGAGCCCGGCGAGGGCGCGCCGGGCGCCCAGGCCCAGGCGGCGGCGGGCCCCGGCGCGCGGGCCUGGCGGGUCGUGGCCGUGUCCUCCGCGCGCCUCUGCGCCCGCUACCAGCGCGGCGCGUGCCAGGCCUGCGACCAGCUGCACCUCUGCCGCCGCCACAUGCUGGGCAAGUGCCCGAACCGCGACUGCUGGUCUACCUGCACUCUGUCCCAUGAUAUCCACACACCUGUCAACAUCCAGGUGCUGAAAAACCAUGGACUUUUUGGCCUCAAUGAGGCCCAGCUUCGAGUUCUGCUUUUGCAGAAUGACCCCUGCCUUUUACCUGAGGUCUGUUUGCUCUACAACAGAGGUGAAGCGGUUUAUGGCUACUGCAACCUCAAGGACAAAUGCACCAAGUUUCACGUGUGCAAAUCCUUUGUGCGAGGAGAGUGCAAGCUUCAGAAGUGCAAGCGGUCUCACCAGCUCAUUUACGCCACAGCCCUGCAGUUGCUGCAGGACCAAGGGCUGAAUAUUCCCAGUGUCGUUAAUUUUCAGAUCAUCUCCACCUAUAGGCACAUGAAGCUGCACAACAUGCUUGAAAACAAUGAUAAUUCAGCCUCCUCUGGGGAGCAGUCACUGGGCCUGGAGAAGCAAGGAGCGCACGCAGCUGGGGCCGCGGAAGCCAGGCCUCUGGUUUCUGUCCCUGCUCAGUCUCCCAAGAAGGCAGGUGCAGUUCAACUGCCCUGCAAAAAUGCAACAUUUGAGAAAUUAGGAACAAGGUAAUCUUUUUUCUGGAAAGCUAAUUUUCUUUUUAAUUUAGAGAAAUGUUUAUUGUAGAAUGCUAUCUUUUCCAUUGGGGGAGAUGUGCAAAAAUGUCCUUUUUAAAGUGAGAAGUUGCUGUUUCUCCUCAUGGACAGUAAGACUCAUGCGAUUUCUGUUAUCUCUCGUCAACAACAAUAUUUUUUUUGCUAGUUCUGAUAGGUGCUAUUUUUUAAAAAUUAUUUUUGCAUUUUAUUAUUUUAUUAUUAUCUUUGUUAUUUACAUUUUAUUCUUUUACUAAGUGUACUUUUUGGGUAAGCCAUCAUAAAUCCUGAAUGGAAACAGUGUAGCGUGUUCAUGUAUAUCCUUUACAUGGAGAGACUUCUGUAUUUUAGUGUUCUUUUUAUAUAUCUUAUAAUUAUACUCGUAUACAAAGUAUAUGUAAUUUUGGUGACGAUAUUUUAUUCCUUUCUCCAACACUACGUUUUUGUCUUCUGUUGGUAUUCAUUCUGCAGAGACACUUUAUAUCAUCAUUUCUGUCGUUUUCAUCUGAUGAUUCAGCAGUUAGAGAGUUACUCUGUUCCAGCUGGUCUUUGGUAAUUUAUUGAGGCUGGUGGGAAGAAGCUACAUGCCUGUGGGCUCUGCAGUUUACAUUCUACAUUGAAUGAUGAACCUUUCUCCGGGCAUGUUCGUCCUUUCGAGUGUCACCACUUAAUGACUUAAACCCCAAACCUGCAACUUGUCCUGUACGUUUCUUUCUCCCCUUUCACCCGCGCACCAUCAUUUGGUUACCCAGUGCUGGAGAUUUUUUUCCCCUUUUUGCCCCUUUCUUUCCACCCCUCCAUACUGCCUGGUUUCAGACCUUCAUCCCUGAUGGCAUAUAUUCCAGCGAUACGUAACUCAGUGGUAACUCAGUAGUUUCAAGUCAUGUCUGGUGAGAGUUUAUGGUGGGAGGUGCUAGGUGGCGCCUGCUGUUCCUCAUGAAAGAGCCCCGUUGUAAUCUGUAAUUGACUGCACUUUGCAGGCUGCAUCACUCUCCUAUCUGCCCUCGCCUCCCUCUGCUUUCCAUCUUGCUGCCUGGUGAUCUUUGGAAACACAAACCUAAUCAUAAUGCUCUUUCUGCCAUAACCUCCAUUGGCCCCCAUCCUAUGGAGGGUGGUUGUAAACAUCAGCGCCUUCAGAGACAGGAAAGGGGCAUUAAGUGGACCGAGCUGGAUGUCAGAGAAGUGACGGGAGAGGGAAUGCUGUGCUAAUGUCCCCUCUGAAAGGGGUGCUGUCUUCUGUUUCCUUCUGGGCCUGUGGGAAUGUGUGCCCAGCUUGUCACAUUGUCCAGUUUGUCGAAAGAAGCCAGUAAUCCAGACUUGCAUCAGGAAUUUCAGAUUUUUAAAAUAUUGACUUUUAACUGAAUAUUUAAAAUGCACACCGAUAUUGUAUGUGUUGACCUACUUGCAGUUCUUGGAUUGUGCCAUUUCUCGUGACCCCUGUGGUUGUGAAUGUUCCCUCUUUUGUAAGAGCUACUCCUUCCCUUCUGGUUCAAAACCUGGCAAAAUUAGAUCCUUUUAAAAUGGUCUCCCUGGUGGCGAAAGGGGUUAAGUGUCAGCACUGUGAAGCUAUCAGCAGCCACUGUAGCAUGUGUUUGAUCCCCAGCCAAGUUGCUACACAUGGCACAGCAGACCUCUCCUGGCUCCCCUGCUGCUCCCCUCAGUAGUAUAUUUCAGUAGAUCUGCUUGUUCUGCUCCCUGCUCUGUCUCUGGUGAAUCCUCUCACCUCCUGUACCUCUGGCCUGUACCCCAGUUCUUAUAUGCAUAAAUAAAUAAAUCUUAAAAAAAAAAAAAGCCCUUUAGCCUUUCAUGACCCCAGCGGAGCUCUCUUGGUGCUCUCAAAGCUCCAGCCCAGCACUGGCUACAGUACAUGGCAUUACUUUGUGUUUUUAUUCCCUAACUUUGAGCAAAGCUGUUAUUUCUUCUUGGUAAUCCUCAUACUUGGUAGUUAAAUACUUUUUGCCAUAUAUUGAGUGAAACUUAGCGUUUCAAUUCACUGAAUCAGUAUCAUGCUGGUCUUUGUUGUUCUUUUUUCUUUCCACAUGUAUUUUUUUUUUUUUUAAGAUCAUGUUUUGUUUUUUUUAAGAUUUAUUUUUAUUUAUUUAUACAAGCACUGGGUACAGUCAGAAGCGCGGGAGGGUGAGAGAAUUCACCAAAGCCAGAGCGGGGAGCAGAGCAGGCAGAAGGACCGAAGUACAC